GAUUUGGAGGCUUUUGGGUCAAAUAACUCCACUUUUAGGCGCCGCGCGUUGAUUUUUCAGCCCCGUUUGUGCGUUUUGGUGUAAUAAUGGAUGUUUUUCUCUGUUUUUCCUGUAUUUUUGGCAGCUCUCUUUGCCCCCAACGUGCUGGCGGAGGCGGCGGCGUCGAUGCCAGGGGUGUCCCUGGACCCGGGGGGGUCCCGUCUCCUCCAAGCCCUCCUCCCCCACGCCCCGCUGGGGGUUUUGGGGCGGUUUUUGUCCCUUUUGGUGGCGGGGGGGUUGGGGGGUCCGGCCGGGCACCCUUUGGGGGCUCGGGUGUUGGAAGCCGCUUUGGGGCGAGUGGUGGCCGUUUUAGGGGGGCAGGAGGAGGAGGAGGAGGAAGGAGCCGUGGGGCGAGUGGAGGAAGCCGUGGGGCACCUGGCGGCCCAAAUUGGGGGGGACCUGGUGGCUUUCGCCCAGCACCCGGCCGGCAGCUUCGUGGUGAGGGGGCUGCUCAGGUGCCCUUUCCUCAUUGGCCACGGGCUGGUGCUGGGGCUGCAGGACGGGGAGAAGGGGCGGCUGCUGGAGGCGGCCAUGACGGUGGCCGGGCCCCGCCCCCUGCGCGAGCUCUUCCAACGGGACCUGCGGGGCCGCCUGAGGGGCGUGGCCACACACCGCCUGGCCAAUCACGGCCUGCAGCGUCUCCUCGACCACGCCCCCGAAGACGUGGUAGGGCCCUCGCUGGGCCCCGUCACCCUCCAGGGCUCCCUCGUGCUCCAGCACCUCCUGCAUUUUGGGGACCCGGGGCCGGUUUUGGGGAGUUUGGAGGCUUUGCCCCCCCAGGCCUUGGUGGCCUUGGCUUGUAGCCCCCCGGGGAGCCGGGUCUGGGAUGCCCUCCUGGCCUCCCCCACCGUGCCCCCCCGCGCCCGCCGCCGCCUCCUCCGCAAGCUCAAGGGUCACUUCCUGUCCCUGGCCUGUCACCGCAACGGCAGCCGCGUCCUCGACGCCGUCUGGGCCUCGGCCUCCGCCCCGGCCCGCGCCGCCAUCGCCGAGGAGCUGGCCCCCCAGCGCCAGGCCCUACGGAGAGACCCCCACGGCCGAGGGGUGGCCCGGACCAUGGACCUCGACCUCUUCUUGCGCCGGCGAAAGGCUUGGGAGAGGCUGCAGGAGGCCCAGGGGGGGAAACGUGGCCUCUUGGGACCCCUCCUCUUGGGGGAUUGAGGGGCACCCCCCAACCUGCCCGGGCACAGGGGGGGCGCGGGGAGGGGAGCACUCAUGGAGAGGAGCCCCCCUGGAGGAGUUUGGGGCACAAAGAUGGAGGAUGGAGAGAGAGAAGGGCUACUUGGGGGGAUGGAGAGGGCUCU